AUGUACGGUAUUGCGUCGGCACCAGCAAUCUGGCAACGGCAGAUGGAGGUAAUCCUACAAGGGAUUAAUGGAGUAAGUGUUUUUCUCGACGAUAUCAAGAUUACGGGGCCCGAUGAUGAAACGCACCUGCGACGACUGGAAGAAGUUCUUCGGAGACUGAACCAGAACGACGAAGUACCGUUCAAGUGGACUAGGCAGUGCGAGGAGUCUUUCGAUGACGUGAAAAGACAAAUGCAAGCGGAGAAAUGUCUUGCUCGUUACUCUCCGGAGCUACCAUUACUGCUAGCAACAGACGCGUCACCAUACGGAGUGGGCGCAGUAUUAAGUCACUUGAUGCCGGAUGGAACGGAGCGUCCUAUACAGUUUGCUUCUCAAACGCUUAACCGGGUUCAACAAAACUACAUGCAGUUCCUGUACGGCCGAAAGUUUACGUUGAUCACAGAUAAUCGAGCAAUAUCCAAGAUAUUUGGUGAGCAUAAGGGACUACCGGUGAUGUCAGCCAUACGCAUGCAACACUAUGCGACCUACCUACAAUUGUUCGACUACACGAUCCGGUUUAGAAAAUCAAAGAACCAUGCUAAUGCAGACGCAAUGUCUCGGAUUCCUCUGCCACAGAAAGAACCGGAGAACGUGAUUGAAGAGGCCGAUGUUAUUGAGCUUAACCAGAUUGAAACGUUGCCGUUAACUGCUGCGGAGCUGGCUCAGGCCACAUCUGAAGAUGAAUCAGUGCGAAAUCUUGUUCAGAGAAUCAAAAUCUUCCCAACAAUUCUUGCGAAUGAACGGUGUCAUACACAAGAUGGGGGCACCGUACCACCCAUCAACGAACGGACAGGCAGAACGCUACGUGCAAACCUUCAAACAAAAAUUGAAAGCCUUGAAGUGUCCGACAUCACAGUUCAAUUUACAGAUAGGGAACAAAUUGCUGACCUACCGAAGGAUGUUGCACCCCGACGACAGAUUCGGUCAAGAAUAGAUCUAAUGUUGCCGAAAAACGAAAUAAGACAUGCUUCCGAUUUAACAGUUGAAGAACUUCAUGACGGAGAUCGAGUUAGGGUACGAGACUUUCUUUCCCGUGACAAGUGGAAGUUCGGUAGAAUCGUCGAGAAGGCUGGGAAACUUCGAUAUACUGUCCGUUUGGAUGACGGAAGAUUAUGGGAACGUCACGUCGACUAUAUUGUUGGAGUCGGUGCACACUUGCCAGAGGAUUUGGUGAAUACCCCACGAGAAGUGGUAGACACUGAACGAGCAUUUUUGACGGUUCCUGCUACUUCCCCGGUGGCUAGAGCCCCUGAGUAUACUGGUCAGGUAUCCGUUGGUCAACGUCCGGUUACUCCAUCUCAACCUUCUGAAUCGCUUACGGAUAUAGUUCCUGAACUAAUCGCUGGUCCUUCAACUACAACAGCAAUCAAACCUGCUGACGAGCCCCUUAGGGGUUCAAAACGAUCGAUAAAAGUUCCCCAGAGACUGAACCUGUAA